CACCAACUUGCCCGCGCCCCAACUUGUAAACUGUAAAGUCUAAGGUGUAAGGACUGGGGGGAGAUUCAUCCUCUCUUCCCUAUUAUUUCUUCCUUAUUCACUUUUUAUAGGUUUAUAUCAAUCACUUCUGUUUACGUGGGUAUCAACAAAUUUGUGAGAUAUAUUCUGAUUAGCACGUCUCUUUUAUCCAUCCUUCGAUGGAGAGACUGCCAUCUCUUAACUCGCCAAGACAUUCUUUCAGUUUCAUAAAGGGGUUUCGUACAGUGCCUUGAGCGAAGGCGUUUCGUUUCGUCUAGUCGUUUUUUUUCUGACUACCUACCUCCAAUAUUUAUCUAUUCAUCCUACAUACGAAAUACUCGACUCGUUCGUCGGUUGCCGACUUGUCUUAUUCGACCUCGUUCCGUCCAAUCCUAUCGAUCCUAUACCUACAUCCCUCGAACUUCGAAUUUCUUAGUGUCAAGAGUCGCGUGGCGUUUUGACCAACGCCUACUCUAUCCCACGCCAUGAAGCCUACUACUUUGGUCGGCCUGGUUGUUGGUAGCCUGGCUGGACUAGGAACCGCGUCCUUACAACGCCGAAAUUUCGAUUCAAAUGACUAUUAUGUCCUCCAUCUCGAACGCGACGCCCACCCCGAUUUAAUCGCGUCUCGAUUAGGUCUACGAAAUGAAGGUCAAUUAGGUCAACUCCCCGGUCAUUAUGUAUUCUCUACGUUGAAAGCCGAAGACGAUGUCGUACGACGAGCGGUGCAAGAACGAAGGCGAAAGCGAUCACUCGGUGGCAUGGACGUCCUUGAUGGUGUGAAAUCCUCUCACAAGCAAAAACUACGAGCACCCAUGCAAAAAAGAAUUAUUCCACCAGCGCCAGCCGGUUACGUUCCUCCCAAGCGAGCAGACAAGGCAGAUGCGAAGGCCGUGGAGAAGCAGAAGUCUGUCAUGGAGAAACUUAGCAUUUCCGACCCGAUUUUCAACGAACAAUGGCAUCUUUUGAAUACUGUCCAAGUAGGGCAUGAUGUGAAUGUGACUGGUGUAUGGUUGUCGGGGGUCACAGGCAAGAACGCAACCGUAGCUAUAGUGGAUGAUGGGUUGGAUAUGUACAGCAACGAUUUGAAGCCGAAUUAUUACGCUGCUGGUAGUUGGGACUUCAACGAUCAAAGGCCAGAACCCCGUCCGACUUUAUCCGACGACAAGCACGGUACCCGAUGCGCUGGCGAAGUUUCAGCUGCGAGAAACGAUGUUUGUGGUGUUGGUGUCGCAUAUGACUCCAAGAUUGCUGGCAUUCGAAUCCUGAGUAAGCUGAUCAGCGAUGCCGACGAAGCCGACGCGAUGAACUACGACUUCCAAAAUAAUGACAUUUACUCUUGUUCCUGGGGUCCACCGGAUGAUGGAAAAUCAAUGGACGCUCCUGGUAUUCUUAUUAAGAGGGCCAUGCUGAACGGUGUACAGAAGGGACGUGGCGAAAAAGGGUCGAUCUACGUUUUUGCUAGUGGCAACGGUGCCGCAGCCGACGACAACUGCAAUUUCGACGGCUAUACCAACAGUAUCUACAGUAUUACUGUCGGUGCCAUUGAUAGGCAAGGAGUGCAUCCUUACUACUCGGAGAAGUGUUCGGCUCAGCUUGUUGUCACCUACAGCAGUGGCAGCGGAGAUGCUAUCCACACUACUGAUGUUGGCGAGAAUCAAUGUUACAACGGACACGGAGGUACUUCUGCUGCUGCACCUCUAGCUGCUGGUAUCUUUGCUCUUGCCCUCGAGGUUCGUCCCGAUUUAUCCUGGAGAGAUAUGCAAUACAUCGCAUUGGAGAGUGCGGUACCUAUCGAUCCCGACAACAAGGACCUCGGAUGGCAGACUACCACCAUUGGCAAGAAGUUCAGCCACACCUUUGGCUACGGCAAGAUCGAUAGCUAUGCUCUCGUAGAGAUCGCAAAGACCUGGAAGAAUGUUAAGCCACAGGCGUGGUUCUAUUCGCCAUGGUUACAUGUCCACCAAGAGAUUCCCCAAGGCGAUGCAGGACUGUCAGUUAACUUCGAAGUCACAAAAGACAUGCUAAAGGAGGCAAACCUCGAACGACUUGAGCAUGUUACGGUGACAAUGAAUGUGGAGCACACCCGCCGAGGUGAUCUGAGCGUCGAUCUCAUCAGCCCGAAUAAUGUUGUCAGUCACAUCUCAGCUGUACGCAAGAUGGAUACUAGCAAUGAGGGUUAUGAUGACUGGACUUUCAUGUCCGUCGUGCAUUGGGGCGAGUCCGGAGUCGGUAAAUGGACGCUCAUUGUACGCGAUACUAAGGUCAACGAUGAUUCCGGUACUUUCAUCGACUGGCAUCUUAAGUUAUGGGGUGAAAGUAUCGAUGCUUCCAAGGCUACACUAUUACCCAUGCCGAACGAUGAUGACGAUGCGAAUCACGAUGUCACUUCCACCGCCACGCUACCCGCUGCGACCACCAGCCUACCUCCUAACCCAGACGCCACUAACACGGCAUUGCCUACCGAUGUUCCUUCAGACCACCCCGAACGUCCUACCAAGCCUAGUAAGACGUCUGGCGACGAAGUUGCGACGGAAACAGGCACCUCGGCUGCGGAGACCACAACCCCCGGAAGCUCGUGGUUGCCUUCGUUCCUCCCCACCUUCGGCGUCUCUUCUAGAACGCAGGCCUGGAUCUACGGCGCUCUCGGCCUUAUCGUUGCCUUCUGCGCUGGUCUCGGUGCAUGGUUCUGGUUCAUGCGUCGAAAGCAACGCCGCAACAACCCCCGCGAUGACUACGAAUUCGAGCCCCUCAACGCCGACGACGGUGGGGACGGUCUAGCCGCUACUGGCGAGAAGGGUGGCCAGAAGCGACGUGCGGGUGAAUUGUACGAUGCCUUCGCAGGCGGCAGUGAAGACGAGGACGAGCAUGAUCUAGAAAGAGAUCAUUUCAAUAUCGCUAGCGACGAUGACGAAAGCGAUGACGACGAAGAUGAGGAAGAGGAAGUCCAUAACGAGAAGCAGGGUUCUAGGUUACUAGGCGAUCGAAGAUAGUAUCUAGGUUGGUUUAAACAGCUUUAGUAGAAGCAAACCCUUUCUCGGGAAUUCAUGAACUCUUCGGACUAUCAUCGAAUCCUAGCAUCACCGUAGCUUGCGUAUUUGCUUGCUAUUCAUGUGUAUAUAAAAUACUUAUCAUAGUAUCGGCAUAUGGCAUGUUCCCGUACGGCGUUUGGGUGGGGAGAAUUGUAUUCCGUUCGUUGAUUGAUCGUGUAAAUUUCUCUUAUGAAACAUUGUAUCCUGUGAAUCCAAAUCGUGUAAGUAAAUAGGUAUGUUAAAUUGCAAAUUCAUCUGAAGUGGGAUGUAAGUGACAUUUGCCAUGUUUAUAAAAUCAUUUGAAUAAAACGAGCA